AUGAAGUUUUCCCGGGACUGUGGCUGCGAUCGUACCCACGCCGGCCGCCGCCGCCGGCCGCCCGCCCUCCGCGCCGCGCUGCUGCCGCCGCCGCUGCUGCUGCUGCUGCUGGUGCCCCGGGCCGCCGCCGCCCCGCUGCACAACGCCGACUCCUCGGGGGAAGCAGAGCUGGACGAGGCGGCGGCGCUGCGGACGGCGCUGCCCGACAGCCUGCGGCUGGCGCGGCUGCUGCGGGACCGGGCGGCAGAGCUGCAGGACGAGAUGUGCGACAAGUUUACCAUCUGCGCGAACAGCGUGGAAAUGCUCCUCCACAACAACCUCAACCUYCCCAAGGUGACGGAGGAAGAUGGGUGUCUGCUCGCCGGUUUCGAUGAGGAUAAAUGCUUGAGAAAAAUCUCCAGCGGGCUUUAUACAUUUCAGACAUACCUCAAAUACGURCAAGAAACUUUUAUUAGUGAAAACCAAAACAUUGGAUCGCUAACCUAUAGCACAGAGCACCUGGCACGUACCAUAAGACAAAUGGUGAUGAAUCCCGAAGAAGUCAUCAUCCCAGAUGCAGAUACCCAGAAAUCCCUCCACACRAAGCUGAAGUCUACUAAGGCCUGGAUAGAGAAAAUCACCAUCCAUCUCAUCCUCCGAGAUUUUACUUCAUUUAUGGAGAAGACAGUGAGGGCCGUGCGCUAUAUGAAAAACACCAGGAGUUUCAGUGUCUGAAUGUUUUAGUUCAGGCACAAUCCUUUUGUUACAAWUCUGUCAUGUGGCAGACAGUGUUGUUCUGUUUUAAGAACUAGAAAUAAUAACAGUGGUUUGCAUUUAUACACAUUCCCAUUUCCUUCA